GGUACAGUUAGGUAAAAUGUCAGAAUGAACCUAGCUCUACCCUUGAAUAACGUUGUCUGACACGUAAACGAACAGUGAAAACAAGAAAUUUUUACAAAAGUCUUGUAAAAGAUUAAUUAUGGCUCGUUAUUUUCGAGAGGAAGAUAUAGACGAAUUCAGAGAAUGCUUCUACUUGUUUGCAAGAAGCGGUCAGAUACGAACUUUGGACGAACUUACAAUCAUUAUGCGGUCACUAGGGUUGAGUCCCACUAUUGCAGAGCUAAAUAAAUACCUGAAGGAUAAAGGAGGGAAAAUGUCGUUUGCUGAUUUCUUAGAAGUAAUGCAUCUACAAACUAGAGCAGAAGACCUUCCUAAAGAAGUAAUAGAAGCUUUUCAAGCUGCAGAUAAGUUUAGGACUGGCACUAUACCUGCUAGACAAUUGGCUCAUAUGUUGCUCCAUUGGGGAGAACAAUUGAGCAGCAAAGAAGUGGAGCAGAUUUUUAGAGAAGCUAACGUGUCUCCAAACGGACACGUUAAAUACGAAGAUUUUGUGAAAAUAGCUUGUGCACCAGUACCUGAUUACUAUUAAAACUAUAUGCAUUUAUGUAUUAAGAAUUUCUACAUUUCCGUCCUAUAGUUAAUAAAUGAAUAUCAUCAUUAAA